GCUUCCUGUUCUCUGGCGUAUCGGCGGCAGGCUCGGUCACCUUCUGCCGUAAAGCAGGAUCGAUGAUCGAUCGGUCAUCAGUUAUCGGUUGUGUGUGUCUGUGAGGACGGAUGGAGGACGGAGCGGAACCCGAACUGGUCCUGGUCUUCAGUGGAAAACGAAAGUCUGGAAAGGACUACGUGACGGACCUGAUCCAGAAACGGCUUGGUGCUGACGUCUGCUGCAUCCUGCGUCUGUCUGAACCUCUCAAGCAACAGUACGCCGAGGAACAUGGUCUGGACCUGAACCUGCUGCUGGGUUCUGGAUCCUAUAAGGAGCAGUUCCGGGCUGAUAUGAUCCAGUGGGGAGAAGCUCGACGCAGAGAAGAUCCAGGAUUUUUCUGUCGCCCAGCAACCAGAGCAGCACAACAACCAGUUUGGGUGGUGAGCGACGCCCGAAGGACAUCAGACCUGCAGUGGUUCUGGGACAAGUUUCCCCGACAAACUCGAUGUGUGAGAGUUCAAAGUUCAGAGGUCGCCCGGAGGCAGAGGGGGUGGAGCUUCACCGCAGGAGUGGACGAUGCCGAGUCUGAGUGCGGAUUGGACAGUGGGGUUGAAUAUGAUUGGAUCAUCUUGAAUGAAGCCGACGCCCCUUCCUUAGAGGAGCAGCUGCAGCCGAUUCUUCAACUUGCAGAAGCUGCAGCAAGGAGAAACCCAACGAUCACUGAAUCAAUACAGUGAUCAGUGUAUUGACUCAGUGUGACUGCAGCAUUAAGGAACACUAGCGUGUUGUCUGUGGGGAUCCACGGGCUCGGGAUUGGGUUUUGUGUAUGAAAUAGGUAGCUGACAUUUUUCAAGG